AUGUCUCGUGUUCUCCUCGAGUUGCGCCGCAGCUCAGCAGAGCUCAGUUUACAUCAAAAUGAUCCACAGAUCCUCCAUUCAUUGAUCCGAUCAGCCCCUCACCAGCUGGAGGGAACCCCCCCCCCCGCCCCCAGCAGCCCCCCCAGAAUAACCUCCAGGCGCGAUGAGGCGAAUAACGGGAAGAGAGAAGGAGGAAACUUUGAUCGAGCUGCAGAGCGCGCCCGACUCCCAGACUACAGAAGAGAGCAGUGAAAACCACGUCAGCUCUUCGUCUGAGAGAGCGCCACUGCCUGGACAUUCUGAAACGGACAGACUCCAGCCCAACAGAGACACGGUGUUCUUCAGGGACGGAGUGCGGAGGAUAGACUUCGUCUUAUCUUACGUCGACGAUAAAGAUGAAAGGAAACAGGAGCGGAGGAAGGAAUUUGAGGCCAACCUUGAAAAGUCAGGUCUGGAGCUGGAGACAGAAGACAAGGCGGACUCCAAAGACCAAAAAACAUAUUUCUUGAAGAUCCAUGCUCCGUGGGAUGUCCUCGCCACCUACGCCGACGUCUUGAAGAUCAAAGUUCCCUUCAAAGAGAGCGACUUCCCUCACGGUCGAGAGGCCCCGCUCAACUGGAUCUCACAUCCUUUCCGCCUGCCGGACCACAUCAUGAACCCACAGCCAGAUUAUUUCACCUACCACUUCGAAAAAAACAAGGUGGACUUCUUCCUCAUCCGCGACAAAGAGACUUUCUUUCCACCAUCAACAAGAAACAGAAUCGUGUUCUACAUCCUGGCUCGUUGUCCGUACUACAGUGAAGGUCGGCAAGACAGAGAGAAGACGGGAAUCAAGCGAUUACUCAGCAACGGGACGUACACGGCUGCCUUCCCUCUCCACGAUUGUCGAUACUGGAAAAAAUCGAGAAAUGCAGAGUGUGAAAGUGAGCGCUUCAACCUGUACAACCAUUGGGCGAGGUUUCUCUGCUUUUAUAAACAGCAGCCUCUGAACCUCAUCCGGAAGUAUUAUGGAGAAAAGAUUGGGAUCUACUUCGCCUGGCUGGGCUUCUACACGGAGAUGCUUUUCUUUGCAGCUCUCAUGGGUCUUAUAUGUUUUACGUAUGGAGUGCUGAGCUACGAUGACAACAUUUCAAGCAAAGAGAUCUGUGACUCUGUGAUCGGAGGCAGGAUAGUGAUGUGCCCGCUUUGUGACAGGAAGUGCCCGUUCUGGAAGCUCAACUCCACGUGCCUCUCAUCCUGGCAAUCCCAUCUGUUUGAUAAUGAGGGAACCGUGUUCUUUGCCAUAUUUAUGGGGAUUUGGGUGACUCUGUUUCUGGAGUUCUGGAAGCGGCGUCAGGCUCGACUGGAGUACGAAUGGGAUUUGGUGGACUUUGAGGAGGAGCAGCAACAACUUCAGAUCCGCCCGGAGUUCGAGAUCAACUGCACCAACCGGAGGCUGAACAAGAUCACACAGGAAAUGGAGCCGUAUCUUCCGGUCCACUCCAGAUGUGCUCGGUACUUCCUGUCUGGAGCCACCGUCCUGUUCUGGGUGUCCCUCAUCGUGGCCUGUAUCAUCGGGGUCAUAGCGUACAGGCUGGCCGUGCACGCAGCCUUUGCGAGCAUCAUUAAAGACCCGAUGAGGAAGAUCCAGCUGGUAGGCAGGUUCAUCACUCCACAACUGGCCACCUCUGUCACCGCCUCCUGCAUCAACUUCGUCAUCAUCAUGAUCCUUAACUUCUUCUACGAGAAGGUGGCCGUCUGGAUCACUGAUCUGGAAAUUCCCAAGACUCACCUGGAGUACGAGAACAGGUUGACGAUGAAGAUGUUCUUGUUCCAGUUUGUGAACUACUACUCGUCCUGCUUCUACGUGGCCUUCUUCAAAGGCAAGUUCGUAGGUUAUCCAGGUGACUACUCGUACAUGUUCGGCAAAUGGAGCAGACUGAGGAAUGAAGAGUGUGACCCCGGCGGCUGUCUGAUCGAGCUCACCACCCAGCUGCUCAUCGUCAUGGUUGGAAAACAGCUGUGGGGAAACAUUCAAGAAGCUCUGCUGCCGCUGAUACGUAACUGGUGGAGCAGCAGAAAGGGACACCACAGUCCAGACAACCGUUACAGCCGCUGGGAGCAGGACUAUGUUCUGGUGAACUUCAGCCAGCUGGGUCUGUUCCACGAGUACCUGGAGAUGGUGAUCCAGUUCGGCUUCAUCACUCUGUUUGUGGCCUCCUUCCCCCUGGCCCCCCUCCUGGCCCUGGUCAACAACAUCCUGGAAAUCAGGGUGGACGCCUGGAAGUUCACCACCCAGUUCAGGCGGCCGAUGGCCUCAAAGGCUCGAAACAUUGGAGCAUGGCAGGAGAUCCUCAACGCAGUGGCCAUUUUGUCUGUUGUUACCAAUUCUUUCAUCAUGGCGUUCACGUCAGACAUGAUUCCUCGUUUGGUUUACCUCUACGCCUACAGCCGACAUGGCAACAUGGAGGGCUACAUCAACAACAGUCUGUCGGUUUACAACAUCUCACAGAUCCCGCUGCCCAACAUGCCUGAGGACGACUGGCACCAUAACUCCACCAGCACGUGCAGAUACCGGGACUACCGCUACCCUCCUGGCCACGAGAGGGAGUACACGCACACCAUGCAGUUCUGGCACAUCCUGGCAGCCAAAAUGGCCUUCAUUAUUAUCAUGGAACACGUGGUCUUUGUGGUGAAAUUCUUCGUGGCAUGGUUGAUCCCCGAUGUCCCGUCAGAUGUGAAGGCUCGGAUUAGACGAGAACGGUUCCUGGUCCAGGAGUACCUGCAUAACUACGAGGUGGAGAAGCUCAAACUCCAGCUGAGCGCCAGUUUCAUCACAGAGCCGUGCUCGGACUGGACACUCAGGCCCGACAAGCAGGAAAUGCUCUCUGAGUGUCUCACCUGAUGCUGCUGACGGUUCACUGCUUUAUUUUAUCUGCAAGGGCUUCUGGCUUUAAAAUACAAACAUCAUUUCUUUACAUGUACCUAACACUUCAUGAAGAG